GUAUCGAUAGGUCGCUAUAGGAGCCAAUCGUUGUAUUCAAGCGCUGCCAACUUCACCUGCGAGAGACAAGACAAGCUGUGAGCGUAAAUUAUUUAAGAAAGCGAAAUGAAGAAACAGGAAAUGAGCACCCAGAAAACAACUGCCGACAACUUCGACGCCUUCAUUGCGGACAUGGCCAGUCUCCACAUGAGCUCGGACGUAGAGUUCCUGGUGGAGGGUCAGCGCUUGCCGGGCCACCGCCAAGUUCUGGCGAAGCGCAGCGAGUACUUCCGCGCCCUUCUCUGUGGCAGCAUGCUUGAGUCGAGGCAACGAGAAGUUCGGCUUGAGGUGCCGCUUGAGCCUUUCAAGGCAAUCCUCGAGUACCUUUACACGGGCAAGCUACCUCUUUCCUCACUAGACGUGGAUAUGUUAAUCGAUGUACGCGAUUUGGCACAUUUUUACUGCUUGGGCUACGUAGAGACCCUUAUAACCGGAUACCUCCAGCAGAAGAUGUCCGUCAGCAACGUGUGCGCGAUCCUAAAUGCGGCCAAGCGCUGCGAUCUGGAGCAGAGCAUCGAAGAAUGCCAGACGUUCAUGGAUCAAAAUGCGUACGACGUACUCAAACAUGACUCCUUCCAAAUGCUCACCAAGCAAUCAAUUGAGGAAUUUCUGCGACGUGACUUUUUUAAUGUCCCCGAAGUAGACAUCUUUCGAGCAGUAUGGAAAUGGAGCGACAAAAAUCCCAGCGAGGACAUCAAGACAGUGGUCUCGCUCGUACGUCUCCCCCUCAUGAGUAUCGAUGAUCUGCUGCAUGUGGUGCGUCCUUCUGGCAUAAUCGAGUCGGACAAAUUGCUCGACGCCAUUGGUCAAGUGAACACCGGAACGAAUCUGCCCCACCGGACCGUCGUAUUGCCAUGUGAGGAUGUGGCAUCCGAAAAGCACCAUGCGCUCCGUUUUACGGACAACCCGAAUGAGCUAGUCAUCCAGCUGCGCGCGGUGUUUCUAAUAAACCAGAUAAGUAUUUGGAACUACAACUGCAGCCAUUCAGAAAUCCGCUUGGAGGUCUCAUGCGACCAGACUCACUGGGAUCAUGUGAAUAAGAUCAGCGCCGUCUGCCAUAUGUUGAGAGUUGGCAUUGCGAAGCGUGCCGUUCGGUACAUUCGGGUUAAAAGUUGUACAAGGUUGAAUCUCCGUGUGAUGGCCAGGUUGAUCAGAGCUGAAUGCAGUUCACUUCUGACAACUCUUCAAAUAUAGUUUCCAAUGUUUAAAGAACAACAAUUUGGGCACCAGCUAAUAGGUGUAUA